AAAGUUGAUUCUAGAAUCUAAAAUUAAUACACACAAUCCUUUUUUAAGUCAGUUAGUUCACAAAUGACGAGCGACAUGUCAAAAAAAAAACAAGACAAGUAAAAUAAAUACAGUACUUUAUUAUGCGUAUUAGAUAGUCAAUAGACAGACAAAAAGCAAAUUCAGUUUUGAUGUCACGCAUGUGCUUUUUUAAAUUUAUUUUUAAUUCAACCUCUUGUACUUUUAUAAGUCUGCUUCCCAUAUUUUAAAGUAUAGCUUGGCGUAUUUCUUCCCGCUUAUACUAAUGUAAAUUUCAAUAGUUGGCGCUUCAUCUUCGCAGUGAAGUGCAAGUCUAGCCUUGUCAACAUCUAACCUUUGACUUUAUCUCGGAGAGAAAUCGUUGUUCGGUAUUUGAAUCUAUAAAAGCACACCCGACAUUUGAUCCUGGAAAUCUUGUAUUCAUCAUGUCAACCUUGCAUGUCAUCAAAAGAAACUUUACCAACACAAGAUCAUGCUCAGUCAACAAGUAUCACUUUGACACAUUCAAGUUUGUUGAACGUUUAGAAAAAGAAAAGUUUACUCGCCAACAAAGUGAAGCCAUCAUGGUCUCUUUACGCAAAGUGAUGAAUGACAGUUUGACUGAACUGACAAAACCCAUGGUGACUAAAUCAGAACAGGAAAAAGCUGUUUAUAUGUACAAGGUUGACUUUGCUCAACUUCAGUCAGAAAUGCAGUUUAUUGAGAAGAACGAUUUUACGCUGCUCAAAACAGAAAACGAACGCUUACAAGCUCAAGUAGAACGUCUAAAACAGCGCCUAAGAGAAGAAGUAACAAGAACACAAGCCAACGUUAGACUCGAACUCAAUUUAGAAAAAGGAAGAGUGAAAGAUGAAGCAAGUGCUCAAGAGAUUAAAAUGAAAGAAACAGAUACACAUAUAGAAAGUGAAAUUGCUGGUCUACGAACACAGAUGGAAGCCAUUAAAUUCCAAAUAUUACAAUACAUGGUUGGUACAAUGACUGGUGCUGGUGCUUUGUUCUUGGCCUAUUUACGUAUGUUUCGUUAAGUUUUAUAUUUCUUCUUUUCAUUUGCUUUUGUAUACCUACACUUGUAUCUUUAUCAUGGA